AUGGCGUUCGAAAGCAUCUCCGAUCUGUACGCAACCGCCUUCCUGUCCGGGGUGCUCCUCCACGUCACCGUCUUCCGGUUCGGGGAAUGGGACAUGUACUUCUUGACCAUCGUUGCUGGCACGCUGCUCCUCGACCUAAGUGCAACAGUCGCCGUACGAUACGGAACUGCCGUAGGCCACGAGUCACUUUGGGUGGCCUUCCAAUUCGUGUCGUCCGUGCUUGGCUGCUGUGUUGUCGGCAUAUUCAGCAGCAUCCUGGUCUAUCGUCUGGCGUUCCAUCGCCUCAACAAGUUUCCCGGCCCGUUCUUGGCGCGCAUCUCAAAUAUUUAUCCUACAGCCCUGUCGCUGAAGGAGCCCAAGUUCCAGCUGCACAGGGAAGUCCAGGCGCUUCAUCGACAAUAUGGGGACAUUGUUCGACUCGGCCCAAGCGAGCUCUCGAUAUCCGACCCAAGAGCAGUCGAUCUCAUUCACUCCAAUCAGUCGCGCUGCUACAAGGGGCCGUGGUACAAUAUCCUGUGGCCGACCCGGCCUCUCAAUGCGCUCCGGGACAGGACUGCACAUGCAAAGAGGAGAAGGGCUUGGGACAAGGGAAUGGCCCUGCGCAACUACGAACCCCGGGUGACACAAUACGCGGUGCAGCUUCUGAAGCGCAUCGAUGAGUCCCGCGGCCAACCCAUGAACGUGACCAAAUGGUUCAACUUCUACGGCUUCGACGUCAUGGGGGACGUUGGAUUCGGGCAGGAGCUUGGCAUGCUUCGAGAGGGCGAGACGCACUAUUUCAUGUCAGCAACCUACCAAUUCAUGCUCGUGGUUCGACUGUUCAGUCACCUCGUGUGGCUGUUCCCGCUUUACAAAAUGCUGCCCGUGGUGAACCAAAACGUCAAGCGGUUCGAGGGAUGGAUUGUGGAGCAGGUGCAAGACCGGAGAAAGAGACAAUGCGUCGAUUUGUUUUCGUGGCUUCUAGACGACUACGAAGCGCCCGAGAAACCAACACUGCAGGAGACGCUGGACCUCCAUGGGGACGCACUGCUGGUGGUCGUAGCCGGGAGUCACACGGCGGCAAUAGCCUUGACAUGUCUCUUUUUCGAGCUUGCGCGGCAGCCGCGAGCCCUCAAGCUUCUGCAGGACGAGAUCGACGAGUGCUACGCAGCCGCCGGCGAAGCCGAGCCAAGCGCACAGGCCCUGUCGAGACUGGAAUACCUGCAAGCUUGCAUGACCGAAACCUUGCGCAUGUGGCCGCCGUCUCCGAGCGGGCUCCAGAGAAAGACGCCGCCUGAGGGCCUUCAGCUCGGCAGCGUCUUCAUCCCCGGCGAUGUGGUGGUGCAGAACCCGCAAUAUACCAUAUAUCGUGAUGAACGCUUAUUUGCACGGCCCAACGAAUUUGUGCCCGACAGGUGGACGACACAGCCGGAGCUUGUCAGCGAUACUGCGAAGGAGACGUCGGCAUUUGCCCCCUUCUCGUCAGGACGCUAUGGCUGCGCAGGCAAGGGACUUGCGCUCAUGGAGCUUGCGAUUGUGGUGAGUCGCAUCGUGAGGCGGUACGACGUGCGCCUGGCCCCGAACCAGGGAGCCGUGGAGUUUAUACAGGGACUCCGGGACAGCAUAACUCUCACGGCUCCACCUCUGCAUCUCUGCUUCGACGCCCGGACACCCUGA